GAUAUUACCACGAGUUUCCAAUGGCAGUCAGCGCACCGCUGUCUACGUGACAUCACCGUUGUGACCAAAUCGAGAAGCGUUAUUUGAUUCUUCAUUGCAGCUUCAUCGGUUUACGAAUGACUUCAGCGGAGGAAUAAUAACAAAACCAAAUUCUGAAAGACAACAAAGGAAGUACUAGCGCAAUUUGCUGAACAGAAACAGGUUUUUCCUCAAAAGCAGAAGAACGAAACGCAUACAGGUUUGGAACAACUUGAGGCUAGCUAGCUCAGUUCCAGCGUGUAGAUGAAUUACGAGCAGCCUCCCCCCUACACAGGGCCUGGUCCCACCGCUCCGGGAUACCCCGCUGCCAACGCUCCCGGAUACCCUCCUCAGGGAUACCCUCCUCAGGGAUUCCCUGCACAGCCGUACCAAGGAUAUCCAGUGAACACCGACCAGCCCAACCCUGGUUACCCAAACUACCCUCCUGGACCCCCUGGGUCAUACCCAGUCCAGCCAGGAUACCAGGGGUACCCACAACCACAGUAUGGAGGCCCAAUGUAUGGGGAACCUCCUAAAAACACUGUGUAUGUUGUGGAGCAGGGCAGACGGGAAGAUUCUGGGGACCAGGCCUGUUUAACCGCAUGUUGGACGGCUCUGUGUUGCUGCUGUCUCUGGGACAUGUUGACUUAGAAUAUUAAGGAAAACCGCUGUGACCUCCUAAGCUUUCACUCCAUGUUUCAAUCCUCAUUUAAUCUAUGACUACUGAAAAAUAACUGAGAAACAAAUAGAGCAAUGUUUUUGUUGUAGCCUCCAUUUCCAGCAGUCCAGCUUGAAGCACCUCUUUUUACUCCUUCAAUGAUGCACGAUACGCACCGAGAGACUGAUUACACUCAUUGAUCUUAUUAUUCGUAGAGGCAUAUUAAAUAGAAUGUGUUUAUUAUUUGUCUAAUACAAAUGUCAUUUUUCUUUAACGAAUGCAAAAAAAUGUCAAAUUGCUUGUAUAUAAGACCAGAUUUGAUAAUCAAAUAUGGCCUUGCACAGUCUGUGAAUGUUUGAUCUGUCUUAAUGAGUCAAUCAAAGACGAAAAAAGUUUGUUUCUAUUAAUAAAAAUGAUGGAAAUAA